UUUGCGCCCGGACUCUCCGUACAGGCCGUACGGGUGACCAAACCUAAGAUACCGGAGACUAUUCGCCGCAAUUACGAGCUUAUGGAAGGCGAGAAGACAAAACUGAUGAUUUCGGUUCAGCGGCAGAAAGUGGUGGAGAAGGACGCGGAGACGGAGAGGAAGAAGGCGAUCAUAGAGGCGGAGAAGAACCAACAGGUGGCCAAAAUCACGUUCGACCAGAAGAUCAUGGAGAAGGAGUCGCUGAAGAAGAUGUCGAUCAUCGAAGACGACAUGUUUUUUAAUCGCGAAAAAAUGAGAGCCGACGCCGAGUACUACACGAAGGAGAAGUUGGCCGAAGGGAACCACUUGUUGCUCACCAAAGAGUAUCUGCAGCUCAAGAAGUACGAGUCGGUGUCGCAGAACACGAAGAUCUACUUCGGGACAGACAUUCCGCAGAUGUUUUACGAGAGAGCGUCCGAUGGCUUGGAUGGAGGGUUCGGCCCGCGAGUGGUCGCCGCCAAUAAUAAGGCCGGUUUGGACGCCGAUAAGGCCGCCAAACAAAGCGGUGGAUCCGGGAGUCGAGAGAAAUGA